AUGGCAUCUGUAGUGAGGAGAAGUGGGGCUGUGAAGAGAGUGAAGAGUGAGGAUGAGGAAGAUUGAAGGAAGGAGGAGAAUAGGAAGGGAGAAGAGCUUGUUUCGGCGAAGAUAUGGGUUCCAGUGUCGUUGCUGGUGAGUAUUCUUAAUGCUAUUGCUGGGAUUUGCUUCAGCUAUGUGUCAAAAUACAAAAUUAAAGCUGGAGGAAUGCAAGGAGCAGGAGAAUUCUUAGGAAACUCUGUUUGACUAAUAAUCAUCAGUUUUCAGGGAAGAUACUUAACACCCCAAGAAACCUCUCAAUUAUCCCCUCAAUCAAGAUCUCCAUGGUUAAAAUGGCUAUACGACAUCUACUACAUCCGUAAAAGAGACAUCCAUGGUAACCUACUCCAUGCCCAAUGGGAACAAGGUAUUUGAAUGAGAAGGGCUUUGAUUACAGUUGUGUUGGUAAUUUUAACUGUUUUAUUAAAUCUGGCUUUUGUUCUUUCACUCUAUUAUGCAACUGUUGGGUUUUUUAAUAGUGGGAUCAUGUGAUCUUUGGGAGUUACGAGAGUCAUUUUUGUAUCUAUUAUUUUUUAUUUUAUGUUUAAGCAAAGUUUGAAGUGGUAUGAAAUCGCGGGUAUUAUGAUUCUGAUUAUUUCUGUCGUUUCUAUACUUUACUCAGGGGAAGAUAAAGUAGUGAAUGAGAAGCAAGAUACUCAAGCAUUUUUUGUUGUUUUAGCGUGUUUAUCUAUGAUAAUAACAAUGCUAUUCAGUACUAUGCGAAUUGCAGUAUGCAAAUAUGUUUCUCUAGAGGUACCAGAAAUUAAUAUCCCUGCGCUCUACAACUUUACUAUGGCAAUCUAUGCAGCAGGGAUGAUAAUAUAUCUAAUUGUUCUGAUAUCCCAAGGUUUUGAAUUCACACUCAUCGAGUUUAGCGUUGGAACUUUAGGAGGAGCUUUAUACAGUGUUGCUGGAUACCUUACCACUUACGUAAAUGUCAGAGGAAAAGCCGCUAUCGCCUCUGCCAUUAUCGAAGGCAGUACUCUCUUCCAAACAGUCUUCGACCUACUCCUCUUCGGCAGGUACCCCAACCUCGCCCAAUACAUCGGCUUGCUCCUUGGCUUCGGAGCAGUCCUAUUCAUUAUCCUGUUUAAUUCUCUAAGAGAGAAAUAA